UUCUGUUGAUCAAAGCUAGCUUCACACAGCAAACGUUAGAGUCAAUUUCUUGAGCUGUUUACAGCACUUGCAACAUUUGCAAGUCAUUCGGAGGCAAAAGUCCACUGCUGGUCUGACAACCGGGUCGCGCCACAAACAUGACCAAGCACGAGUUUGAGGUGGCGAUGACGUGUGAGGGAUGCUCAGGAGCUGUUACCAGAGUCCUCAACAAGCUGGGAGAUGUGAAGUUUGAGAUCGACCUGCCGAAGAAACUGGUUUGGAUCGAGUCCGACAAGGACGUGGAAGUUCUCACGGAGACGCUGAAGAAAUGCGGGAAGGAGGUCAAGUACAACGGCACCAAAUGAAGCCAUCUGCUUCCCGUAGAACAGGUGCCACGAUGGGGAUAAAGUGUUUUAAGUCCAUAUGGAUUCAUGUUUAUGAUCUCCGUAAAACUUUUUUUUUGUGACCGCCAGAAACAAUGAAGUGUUAGUUCUUAUUACUUUGAUUGAAUAUAUAUGGUCUGUAAGCAGUUUUGCUUGAAUCGGACGACAAUAAAAAUAGAAUAAAACGCGUUAUUAAUCAGUAAAUUCACAUUGAGCAUAUUAGUCCUGCAAGUCCUCACCAUUUUCAUUAGCAGUUGAACUGUUAUGGAUUUAAAAAUCAGCUUACUUCCUCCAUCUGUAUGUGUGUGUGUUUUUUUGUAGGAAACCAUUGCUGCUGAUGCAAAAUGAAGAUUUUAUGCUGGAAUUCAAGUUCUUUACCGAACCUGAAAGGUCUGGUAAUUGGAAUUUGACCCGUUGUCUAAAUGUUGAUAUCAGAAACAUGGGUUUCUUUUUAACUACCUAAUUUGGAUUACCCAAAAAAUAACAGAUGAUUCCAUACAACGCGCUACGCAAGUACAACAAAAGAUCGGGUCUCUACUUUCAUUGAAUCUUGGGUGUUUUGUUAAUUUUUUUUAACGUUUUGAAACGGUAUCCCGACUGAACGUUGACCCUUCUGUGAUUGUCCUUCCUUUUAAUAUUACUCUAAAUAAUUCAUACUUUCUGCUUUUUGAACUCAAGAAUUAGGUAUAAUUUCCUAUAAAAGAGGUUUUGUAUUGACCGUGAAUUCUAAAAAUAAUUAAUAAAUGCCAUUUUCAGUCUUUCCUGUUUGUGUAAAAAGAUGCAAAACAAACACGAGCAACCUUUCCAUUAACACAAUUAAAGUACAUUCCCUGGAUUGUAAAAUAUACUUCGAAGUAUUGGCUAUUUCCGCCCGGAAGUUGACAUUCAGUAUUAUUGCAUUUGGUUGGAUCUAACAUAGAUGAGAAGUCAUCCUUCAAAGCUUCAUAUAUGGAGAUGUUUGUAGAUCUGCACCAAGGGGGGGAACUCGGCGUGUCUCUCUUCCCUUCAGGGACCAUCUGCAAACUUGUACAACUGAUUCCUUAUAGCUGCAUUACACCAUACACUACGGCAGUCCAUUAAUAGCACAGGUCAUAUUAACCAUGUUAAAUUGAUACUAACGUACAGUAUGUCUUUGUUUUCUAUUAACAACGUGAAGCCCUUGUUGUAAUUCACUCUGUGUUUUGUCACUUUGGGAUAAAGAAAUCGUCCCUUUGCUGGACUUUUGUAUUUGUCUUGAAAUGUUGUGUACGCACAGGGGAAAUAAAAUCAUCUCUGCCUCACUA